AUGGGCAGUGUGUCACAACGUAAAAGAACCCAAAGGGCCAUAAAGAUUUACAAACUAUUCGAAAAGAUAGGAGUAGAUAGAAUUAAGAAUAUCAAAUCUUACAGUGCGGAUUCUAUUUCAAAGUUUACUAAGCCUCAAAUCCAAAUUAUUCUGAAUUAUUUCGGUGGAUCUUGCUAUGCUGAUACGGAAAUAAAAAAACCUAACUCAUACUCUGAAUGCAAAGAUAUAGAAAAAGUGAGUCCUAAAAUCCUACUUGAGAAAAGCCAAGGGUCUGUCCCAAAAAAAUUACCAGAUGUUAAGAUAAGCACUCUGCCCACUUCUCAAACUUUGAAAACCAAUCAAACUAAUGCAUUAGAGGUGCAAGAGAAAUACUUGGAUUCAGUUGAAGUAAGUACAUCGGCAAAUGUAUCUUCUUCCGGUCAAUCUAAUCCAACCUAUAACUGCACCUAUUUUCGCAACAAAAUAUUGGAUCAAUAUCCUAAUCUAUAUAGAGAAUGUAGUAUUGAAAAUUUUGACUAUUAUGGGAUUACUGAUGAGACAACAUGUGGAGACUAUAUCUGCCUAUUAUGCAAAUUAGGCCAUGAUGAUGAAGAAAUAGAAGGUAGAUAUAAAAAACAAACUGGAAAUGAGCCAUGGCAAUUAUUGGAAGCUGUGAUAGAUAUGUCAGUAGAACCAGUCCCUUGCCCUGAGCGCCUUCGGCUGGGACUACCUCAAGCCUCUGAUUUCAAACUUAUUACUUUUAAAGCCAAACCCGAUUUAGAAUCAAUUAUCAAAUCCAUCUUAGAGCACUUCCCAUACUUGAAAUUCUGA